CGUGUUAUGUAUGACUUUGCUGCCGAGCCCGGAAGCAACGAGCUGACCGUCAGCGAAGGGGAGAUCAUCGUCAUCACCAACCCGGAUGUUGGUGGAGGCUGGUUAGAAGGAAAAAACAGCCAAGGAGAGAGGGGCCUUGUUCCAACAGAUUAUGUUGAAAUUAUAAAUGAAGGUGCAAAAGAUGGAAAUACUUGUGGUAACUCAUUAGCUGACCAAGCCUUUUUUGAUUCCCUCWCCUCAAAUACAGCUCAGACCAGCUCGGCUGCUAAGAGCAGCAAUCAGGUAAACAAUGCCAGCGAUCCAUGGUCAAGCUGGAACGCUGGGAAGUCUGGGAAAUGGGAUAAUGGAAACGCUGGCGAUAGCUGGGCGACAAAGCCUGACAGCGCGGCGGGACGGGGGCACAGUGCCUCAAACAACUGGGAAGCAGAAGCAGCAUUUGGUCAUCCACAGGCUUAUCAAGGACCAGCAGCUGCCGAUGAGGAUGAUUGGGAUGAUGACUGGGAUGACCCAAAAUCGGCCUCACCAUCUUAUCUUAGUUACAAGGAGACUGAGUCGACAGAGGCUGGGGGGCCCCAGCGAGCAAACUCUCGUGCAGCUGCUAUGAAGUUGCCUCUUAACAAAUUUCCUGGAUUUGCAAAACCGGGAAUGGAGCAGUAUCUGUUGGCAAAGCAGCUAGCAAAACCCAAAGAGAAAAUUCCCAUAAUAAUUGGUGAUUAUGGCCCAAUGUGGGAUUAUCCUUCCUCUACGUUUGACUGUGUGGUGGCAGAUCCCAAAAAAGGUUCCAAAAUGUAUGGUCUCAAGAGCUACAUUGAGUAUCAGCUGACCUGCACUAACACUAAUCGGUCUGUCAACCACAGAUACAAGCACUUUGACUGGUUAUAUGAGCGUCUCCUGGUUAAGUUUGGGUUAGCCAUUCCAAUCCCCUCUCUUCCAGACAAGCAAGUAACAGGGCGCUUUGAAGAGGAGUUUAUCAAAAUGCGUAUGGAGAGGCUGCAAGCCUGGAUGACAAGGAUGUGUCGCCAUCCUGUUGUUUCAGAAAGUGAAGUUUUCCAGCAGUUUCUCAAUUUCCGAGAUGAAAAGGAGUGGAAAACAGGAAAGAGGAAGGCAGAGAAAGAUGAGACUGUCGGAGUUCUGAUCUUUUCUACAAUGGAACCAGAAGCUCCAGACUUGGACAUGAUAGAAAUAGAACAGAAGUGUGAUGCUGUGGGUAGGUUCACCAAAGCGAUGGAUGAUGGUGUUAAAGAGCUCCUGACAGUGGGACAAGAGCACUGGAAACGGUGUACAGGACCACUACCCAAGGAAUACCAGAAGAUAGGAAAAGCACUGCAGAGCUUGGCACUGGUCUUCAGCACUAGUGGAUACCAAGGAGAAUCUGAGCUCAAUGUAGCAAUAACAGAAGCAGGAAAAACCUAUGAGGAAAUCGCCAGUCUUGUAGCAGAACAGCCAAAGAAAGAUCUUCACUUUCUGAUGGAAACAAAUCAUGAAUAUAAGGGAUUUCUUGGUUGCUUCCCGGACAUCAUAGGAGCUCAUAAGGGAGCAAUAGAAAAAGUGAAGGAAAGCGACAAGUUAGUCGCGACCAGUAAAAUCACGCCACAAGACAAGCAGAACAUGGUGAAACGUGUGAGCACCAUGGCCUAUGCACUACAAGCUGAGAUGAAUCACUUCCACAGUAACCGGAUUUAUGACUACAACAGUGUCAUUAGCCUGUAUCUGGAGCAGCAGGCACAGUUCUAUGAAACGAUUGCACAGAAGCUGAGGCAGGCACUCAGCCGCUUUCCCGUCAUGUAGAGACUAAGGAGCAGCCAGCAGUGAAGAACAACUCCCAAGUGCUUUUCCGAUUUGGGGGCAAUGCCAAUACAAACUGGUUAGCCUUUGCCAGCCAAAAAUGAACCAAAAAAAAAUCAGUUGCAAAAAAAAGAAAUGAUUUAUGAUGUUUACCUUAUCAGCCUAAAUCCAUCAGAUAUUUAGGUUCUUUUUAUCCUGAAUGCUCUCCCCUUUGUAUCGUUAUUUAAUAAAAGCAGCUAAAUAAUGCUGCCAGUUGUUGGGAUCCAAAUAAUYAAAUUAAUGUGUUGCCAUGGUCUACUUGUUGAUUUGCGUCUAUCAGAUGUUCUUCCAAAUACUCUUCAUCGGAAUUAUGGUUUUUUUUUUUUUUUUAAGUGGGAAAGCAAACAAGCUUGAAAAACUGACUUUGUAUUAAUUCUCCUUGUAUGCAGUUCAGCUCUCUGCUGGCAAUUCUGUAGCYAGGAGGGGUUAUAUUCAUGUAUGUUUCUGGUGCAUAUUCAUCAUAAUCUGAACAAACAUUUUGUUUUAGAAGUUUUGCUUCCCAUGCGCAGCCAUGGCAUACCAUUCUCAUUAUGACUUCUGGUAAACACUUAUUCACUUUUCCCUUCAUGAGUAAAAUCUUGUGUUCUUGUGGCCCAGAGCCACAGAGCUCGUGUCAGGCUCUCUCUCUUCCUCACUAUGCACUGUGCAAAAGAUAAGUACAAACAAGGAAAGAGCCAUUCWGGAAGGUGUGAAAGACAAGUUUUCCCUACCASCAUUUUGAUCCCUCUAAAUAUUAURCCAUAAGGCACUAGUGCUGUACAAGAGCAGCUUCCCUUUUAUGGCUUCAGGAGUUYGGAGUUUUUCAGCAAAGGGGACACUAGGUCACAUUGAACCCAAACUGGUAAAAGUACCGGAAUUCCAGUUGAGCUCAAGUCUUCACAAAGCCAUAUGCUGUGCUAUGGGCUUGGGCUUACGUUCUGUUAAUUUCUAAUGCAAACUGAAAGGUGACAGAGAUACGGAAUAAUAUCACUGGGUAUCACACAAACCUCUCUGCUUUGUUUACC